CCGGAGCGGAAACCGUCGAGUGUGUGUUCGGAGCUUCGAGCGGAGACUCGGCUCCUCUGGUUCUCUCCUCUGGUUCUCUCCGCUGGUUCUCUCCGCUGGUUCUAAACAGAGUUCACCUCCAUCUUUAUUCUCCAACUGUUUUUUUUUUUAACUCUUCUCUUACGGACUUUUCUUUUUCCUCCGCGCAGCGACACUUUUCACGGGAAACAGGGACGAGCCGCAGUUUGAGUUUUGGAUUCUUCUCAGUUCCUGGGAUCAUUGGAGAGAUGUUCGACAAGCAGCACUACGGGAGUCCGCCUGUUUACAGUCCUCCCUUCACCCCUCCAUCCAACAACGGCUUUGGCCCAGCAGCCAGCUUCCAUGGCCCUCAGAGCGAGUACAAUGCGUACCCACCUCCACCAGGAUCGUACUACAUCGAGGACAAACCGCAGCACUUCUACAAAUGGGUGUCGCCUCCCGGCAUCAUCAAGGCCAUGAUGGCUACGGUGAUUGUGCUGUGUGUGGCCAUAUUUGCCUGCGUGGCUUCCACUCUCAUGUGGGACAUGCAGUAUGGAUAUGGUAUGGGAAUGGGUUAUGGUUCUGGGAUGGGCUACGGCAGUGGAUACGGCGGGGGCAGCUACGGUUCAGGAUAUGGAGGAUAUGGAGGUUACGGAAGCUACGGCAACCACCAAGGUUCUUACAUCUCGCCUUAUUCGGCCAAAGCCGCCAUGAUCGCCUUGGCAGCCAUUAACUUCAUUGGAGCACUGGCGUUCUUCAUUGCCAGCUUCUCUAAAUCCAACAUAGUCCGCAGCAGGAAGUUCUUUCUGGCCCUCCUGAUAACCAGCAUCAUCAUGGCUGUUCUGCAGGGCAUCAUAAACAUUGUCUACAUCGUCGGAGUGAACCCCAUGGCCCAGGGCUCCACCAGUAUGAUGUACAAUCCAAUGCUCAUGAUGUGCCAGAACCUGUACCAGAGCGGCUACUCACAGAUGGGAGGAGUUGGAGGUUUCCCCAUUUACAACCAGUACCUCUACCACUACUGCUUCGUGGACCCACAGGAGGGAGUUGCCAUGGUGUGUGGAUUCCUGGUCGUAAUCGCUUUGGGUGUUGCAGCUUUCUUUGCACACAAAACCAGGGGAAAGAUCUGGCGCUACGGUAAACCAAACAUCUACUGGGAGGAGCCUCUGGUCGGAGGGAAGGGCUCGGAGGGCAGAGAUGUGGAGGAAUGGGUGAACAAUGUGGAGGAAAGCCGCAGUGUUCAAGACGCUCCAACCCUGCUGGUGUCUGAGAAGGGAGGCGGGCCGCUCAACGCCUCGGUCAACAGUGUCAUCUCAUACCCGCCGGCCAAGGCAGACAGCAGCUCCUACAAUGGGGACACCUACGACAACCAGUACUCGGAUAAGACCACAAGCCGACCCUCAGAGGUGCUCUCCCACGGUGGAGGGAACAGCUCCAGCCCUUCAGAGGAGAUGAGCGGAGGCCGCAAACCCUCAGCCAACCGGGGCAAGAGACGCAGACGUAACCCGGAGCUGGACGAGUCUCAGUACGAGACGGAGUACACAACAGGAGGAGAGACGGGCAAUGAGCUUGAUGAGGAAGAGUGGGAGAGCAUGUACCCGGUGAUAACAUCUGAUGUGCAGCGUCAUGACUACAAGAGAGAGUUUGAUUCCGACCUUAGAGAGUACAAGCGCCUCUGUGCUGAGAUGGACGACAUCAAUGAUCAGUUGAACAAACUCAGCCGGCAGUUGGACGCACUGGAUGACACCUCGGCCAAAUACCAGGCUGUAGCGGAGGAAUAUAAUCAGCUUAAGGAUCUGAAGCAGACACCAGACUACCGUUCUAGGAAGAAGGAGUGUCGCAGGCUAAGAUACAAACUGUUCCACAUCAAACGCAUGGUGAAGAACUACGACAAGAACCACUCAUGAAUCCACUGAGUCCUGACUCAGCUCUGUGGUCGACACAGACACACACUCACAGACAUGGGCCAAGAUACACUCCAAAACACUGCAAAGACCCUGGGACACGCUGAGACCAAAGUUACCUUCACAGCACACACUGGAUACAGAGGGACACAUUUUAACACACUCACAGGGAACAUAAUAAUAAUGAUCGACGCUUGUGUUCAUUAUGUCUGAUCAGAAAUGUAUCAGUAACUACUUCUCGGGAAGAAAACGGAAACAGGACCGUCAGUUGUAGCCACUGCCGCAGCAAACACUGCCAUUUUUAAAAGGUCCAGCUCAUUGUUUGCAGAGUGCAUUCACACGAGGGGUUGUUUGAAAGUCGCCUCACCUUCAGUCACCUGUGAUAACACUGUGGUUGGGUUUCUGUGGCUGUUUGCUCUCCAGAUUGGAAACUUUUCUUUGUUUUAUCUCCACAGAUAAGAGGUGGUACAGUAUUGUAGAGAACGUAGUAAUGGGCGCGACAGCUCACGAGGAUUGAUUGCAAGUAAAUACAAUUUCUUCCAACCGUCUGCUUGACGUUAUCUCUGCUCCAAAUUAACUUUAGUUAGCUUUCCUCAUCUUCUGCGUCAGUGUAUUGUGACUAACUUCAGUGUCAGUGCAUUUAACUGCUCUCUGCUGGGACCACGAGUAUUUCUCUCAACUGAGAUAUUUAUACCGAUUGUCAUAAAAGUGAGUGAGACCAAAAAAGGGGACAAACUGGCCAAUGAGAUAUGUGUGAUGUUGUUGUGUAUAUAUGUUUAAUGAAUCUUGUUCACACUACGUACCCAGAACAAAUUGUGUAGACUGUAACCGUCUGUUAGAGUCAGCAGAUUGCUUAGCGUUUGUGAUGUUAUCUGUACAUACUAAAGACCCAUAGAGGCUUGUGUUUUUUUAAUCAGUUGUCAUUCAAAAUAAGCUAAAGCUAUGCAAAACGGUAAAAAACAAUAUGCUUUUUAUACAUUGUUUAUCGUGUAUGUUCCUCAACAAACAUGUCUCACUGUUUCCGACUGUCUGUAAGCCGAGCAUAUCUUUUCAUUUGAUUAUUUACCAGUGAAAAAUCAUCAUCAUUGUCAUCAGUGAUCUUUUAUAAUAAUCCACUUCAUGUGCAAAGUGUUACGAUCUGCUGUACAUUAUGAAAUUGUUAAGACACACUUUUGAUUUGUCACUCAUCUGUAUUUUUAUGAAGAACAUUUUCAUCAUUUUACAAACCGUUUUGCGAGCCAUUUAUUUUUGUAUGAAUUUAUUUUCUUUGAUGCUAUUAUAAAAUACCAUUUUUAUGCUUCCAUAUGGAAUGAUGUCUAAAAAGUAUUGAAUUCAGUAAGUAAUAAACAUUUCUAAUUCUCUAAAACUUACAUAGGUCUGUAUCUUUCUUUAAUUCUGGCUCUUGGAGAUUUGCAGAUGUGUGCAUCUGCAGUGAGCUUCCAGCAGGGGGAGUAGGAGUACUAGUUGAACCUUUAAGGUAAGCUGUUACCGCCCUCUUUUGGUCAAAAACAUUGACAUCAUUUUACUAAAGCUGAGAGUCAUGCUACAGAGAGCCUGUAUUUACUAUUUA